AUCGAUCGAUCGAAUUCAUUGAAUAAAAUUCACUGAUGGUGGUUGUGGUUGUUGUUGUGAGUUUGUGACGUGACGUGACGCGUGUGACAACGAAACUGAACGAGUGUGGAAAGCCCACAACGUCAAAAGUUUAUUGAAAUAAUUUGUAAAUCUUUAACAUAACCAUGGAUCCAGAAGUAUUAAAAGAGAGGAUGCAUACUGCCGAUGUAAUGAAAAAUAUAGACUUCUUAACCUUUGUUGGUUUAUUCCUUGUUGCUUUAACCGCGUUUUGCUGGUGGCUCUAUAAUAAACGAUAUCCUCGAAGAUGCAUUCUACUGACGGGUCUCUCAGAUUCCGGGAAAACAUUGAUUUAUGUUAGACUUGCUUAUACACAGUAUAGGCAAACAUUCACAUCAAUGUGCGAAAACACAGAAGAGUAUUUGACACCGGCCCUCCCUCAUUCAAUGCUUCUUGUGGACUUGCCUGGACAAGAGAGGCUGAGGAAUAAAUUCUUCGAUCAAUACAAAAACAAAGCAAAGGGCAUCGUCUUCGUAGUUGACUCGGUUACUAUACAGAAAGAAAUUAGGGAUGCUGCUGAGUAUUUGUACACAAUCCUUGCUGACCCAAUCGUGCAACUUUACAAUCCGCCGCUAUUGAUCCUCUGCAACAAACAGGACCAGCCUCUUGCUAAAGGCAGCCAGGUCAUCAAGGGCUUAUUGGAAAAGGAAAUAAACCUGGUGCGUGUAACCAAGUCAAACCAACUGAAAUCAGUAGACCCAGCAGAAACGAAUACCGCUGUAUUUUUGGGCAAACAAGGCAAAGAUUUUCAGUUCUCUCAUCUGAACUGCAAGGUUGAUGUAGCUGAAUGUUCGGCGAACACUGGUAAUGAACGUGACUAUGCUGACUUAAAAAUGCUGAAAGAAUGGAUCGACUGUCUCUAAAUGCAAUGCAUUUUCAUAACCAAGCCAUGUUAUUGAAAUUAUAACCAACUUAUUUAGAUGAUCUCAAACAUCGUAAUAAAACUAACAUGGCCUAGUCGAGUGUUAUUGGCGAUACCUUAUUGACUAUUAAAUUACAAAAAUAGUUUUUUAUAAAAGAACUAUUUUACAUUAAUAGUUCUUUGUGAAAGAACUAUUUUGGUUAAGUGAAAGACCAAUGUAAUCCAGUAUCAUAUUUGUAGUCUUUUAAAAGACUGUUUUUAAACAUUUUUAAUCCUUCUCUGAAGUUCUCUGUAUUAUAUACUUGGUGUUAUAUUUACUCAAACGACAUUUAGUUGUUUCCUAUCUCCAGUACUAAAGUCAGAUAAUUUAUAUUAAUUAGUCAUAAAAUUGCAUUUAUCCAAAUGGAAAGUGCCAACCAUGUAAUCCAGUAUGAUAUUGUAGUGUAUUUUUAACAAUUUUACAUACUUUUCUGAAUUAUACUAUAAAUAGGGAGGUAGGAACUGUAUUGAUUGUUGUAGGUACAUCACCAUACAUACAAAAAAAAAACAAUUGAAACAUUUUAGGCGCUCUUGUCGCUGAAAGCGAUCUCCUCGAGAUAACCGUAUCUAUUACUACCAGCAACAACUUGGUAAAAUGCCAACCUUUUUAUCCAAUAAGAUAUUGUAGUCUUUUUAAGUAUUAUAAAUACUUUUCUGCAUUAUAAUAGUCGGAUGUUAAUGGUUUGUGAUUAAUUAAUAAGUGAUGAAAGGUGACUGUUUAUGAAUGUCUUACCGAAUUUACUUAUUAUGUUUUGCUCAUUAAGUUUUUCAAUGAAUAAAGCUUUUUCUACAAAAAAUAAAGAUAA